GGCGGCGGCGGAGGCGGCGGUGGUAGCGGCAGCGGCUGGGUCGGGCCCCGACGGGCGGCGGCGGCGGCUGAGGUGGAGGCGGAGGGAGGCGGCGGCGGCGGCGGCGAGGGAGGCGGCGGCGGUGGCGGAGGGGGGAAGAUGGCGGCGCCCGUCCUGCUGAGAGUGUCCGUGCCGCGUUGGGAACGGGUGGCCCGGUAUGCAGUGUGCGCCGCCGGGAUCCUGCUCUCCAUCUACGCCUACCACGUGGAGCGGGAAAAGGAGCGGGACCCCGAGCACCAGGCCCUCUGCGACCUGGGGCCCUGGGUGAAGUGCUCCGCCGCCCUUGCCUCCAGAUGGGGUCGAGGAUUUGGUCUUUUGGGUUCCAUUUUUGGAAAGGAUGGUGUAUUAAACCAGCCAAACAGUGUCUUUGGACUUAUAUUUUAUAUACUACAGUUAUUACUUGGCCUGACAGCAAGUGCAGUUGCAGCUUUAAUCCUCAUGACGUCCUCCAUCAUGUCUGUAGUGGGGUCUUUGUACCUGGCCUACAUCCUGUACUUUGUGCUGAAGGAGUUUUGCAUCAUCUGCGUCAUCACAUACGUGCUGAACUUCAUUCUUCUUAUCAUCAACUACAAACGACUAGUUUACUUGAAUGAGGCCUGGAAACGGCAACUGCAGCCCAAGCAGGACUGACCACCUGACGAACUCUUAACUGACAGUCUGAAGUCCCUUUUUCCAUUAAGUUUAUUUUGCAGUUUGGUUUUUUGUUUGUUUUUUUUAUUCUUCACAACAGACACUUUCCCUAAGAAUCUUAAACUGAUUUUUUAAAAUCCUGUAAAUUAGAAGGGGCCCUAGGUAUUUUCUGUGUCAAUCUUCAUUUUAAAUAUGGAUACAAAAAAAAAAAAGGAUACACCGAGCCAAUCAAAGACAAGCUUUAACUUUACUUUGGAGAUGUUUCUGAAAUAAUAAAAUGUAUCCCUAGCCCCCUGCCCUCAGUUGUAAAGUGAGCAACCAUUGCUAGUAAUUCUCUAGUGUGUAUAAAUUAAAUUUCAGGUAUAACAAAUGUGAUCAUGACAUGAAAAUAUUUUAGAAUAGAUACUGUAUUAAAUAUUGCCAUGUUUACAAUAUGUAAUAUGUUUUUAGCAGAUGGAUUUAAACAUGUAGAUUCAGCUAGAAUCCAUUCAUGUGAUAUUUGUAAAUAAAGGUAGAAAUAUUGGAUCCAUCCCUGCAGAACUUACUGUACAGUUUAGUUGAAGUGUAGCAAUGAAGCAAUGUCAGCUCAACGUUUUGAAGAAAUAGUGAAAAUAGUAAGUCCAUACAGAGCAUCUUGUGAAAAGUACUGACAGCUGUGGGUCCAGCAAUGACAGCAAAAAUAAUAGGGUUAUUGGUUCCCUUUCAUCUCCUUCCUCUGAAAGGAAGAAAACUAAAUAUGGACAUUUGAGUCAAGCUUGUACCUAGUCAUAAAACCGGAUCAAUUAUAACCUUACAGAAUGAGUCAUGUGACCAGACUUUCAAGUCCAAGGCCUUCAGGACACUAAAGAUGGGGAAAUGGGUAGAUUUCUUUGGAGAAAAGCUGGAAAUAUUAAUAUGGCAUUUCUAGGUAAAGUCUCUUACAACAGUUGAAUUUUCAUGCAGAUAAUUUUCCUUAACAUUGGUGCCAGUCAACCAAACAGUAUUGACUUUGAAAUCAUCAGUAUAAGCCCAGUCGCUCCAGAGUAGGAUUGCUCUUGGGUAGCUCUGUAGUGUUUUCCCUGUUUCUUUCUGCACUAAUUAACCAGACAUCUAGUUUAAUUGUUUUAGAGUCAGAUACUGGAGUUGUAAACUUUAGGACUGACAUGCUGCUCAGUUUGCUUAACUGGGAGGAGUACUAAAGGUAGAAAUAUCUCAAGGUGAAAUACAGUACUCUUUCUAAUAACUACCCAAGUGCAGAGUGUUUGCAAGUGAUCUGAAUAAACCCAAAUGAAAUGGCGACAGUAUGUUUCUAUGGUUGACAUCUUAUAUCAGAUUGUUAAAAGUGCCUUCUGUCUUAAAUCUCAAACCAAAUAUUUUGUGUGUUGAACUUGGGCAGAAGUGUCUUUCCUUCCUUUCCUAGCGUGAAGUAGAAAACUUGCAUUCUAUAGAAAGGUUCUUUAUGAUCAUUUUAUUCCUUAGAUUGAUAAGUAGUAGCUAUGUUUUUGCUUCCAAUUCCAUGCAUCAUUAUGUUAACAAGAGACCGGUAACUUUUGAGUGCUUUAUUUUGCCUUCUUUUGAAGGGAGGGGACAGGCUCUGCUCUGUAAACCAUAACGUGUAGAGUCAGCAACUGUUCAGCAGUUUCCAACUAACUGUCAUAAUUGAUGCAAUGUAUUCUUCUGGCCCAAGGCAGGUAUAAAAUCGGAAUUGUACUUUUAACCAGUUUAAACCAGUUUUGUAAAAGAUAGCUUAAUUCAGAUUUCAUCAAGGCUUAUGUUUUCCCA